AUGCAGUUUACUUUCGCUUCUACCUCUGUUGUUGUCUCACUGAUUGCUGCUCUCGCUAAGCCUGCUGUUGCCACUCCACCGGCUUGCCUGUUGGCCUGUGCUGCCGAGGUUGUUAAGGAAUCAUCCGACUGUGAUGCCUUGAACAACAUUCAAUGUAUCUGUGAGAAUGAAGGAUCAGCCAUUCAUGCCUGCUUGGAGUCAACCUGUCCCGAUGGAUUGUCGUCCACUGCUUUGCAGUCUUUUGAAGAUGUUUGCGAGAGUGUCGGCACUGAAGCUAACCUUGAUGAGAGCUCUUCAUCUCAGUCCUCAUCAUCGUCUUCUUCUUCGGAGUCAUCAUCGUCUUCCGUGUCAUCAUCAUCCUCUUCCGCAUCUUCUUCUUCCGAGACUUCCUCUUCCGUGACUUCCUCUUCCGUGACUUCCUCUUCCACUGCAGUCUCUUCCAGCACCGAAUCCUCUUCAUCCGUUGAGCCAUCGACUUCCCACUCUUCUUCCCACUCUUCGUCUGAAGUCUCCUCAACUGUCGCACCAACCACCAGUGUUGCACCAACUACCAGUUCCAUCACUACUUCCAGUACUUCUUUGACAUCAGCUACUACUUCCAGUGUGACUAUUUCUAUCGAGCCAACUAGCGACGCUGCUGACAAGGUUAUCAUCCCAGGUUUGGCUGGUCUAGUCGGUGCUUUGGCUGUUGGUCUGAUCUAG